UGAGAGACGAAGCUUCUAUACCAAAAUUCGCAAUGACUGGCCGCGAAGGUGGUAAAAAGAAACCCUUGAAGGCUCCGAAAAAGGAUCAGGGGGAGUUAGACGAAGAAGAUGUGGCUUUCAAACAGAAACAAAAGGAGCAGCAGAAAGCACUGGAUGCAGCCAAGCAGAAGGCUUCGAAAGGCGGACCUUUGCUGCAAGGGGGAAUUAAAAAGUCGGGCAAGAAGUGAAUGCGAACUCGGCCACAAGGGUUUCGUAUAAUUACUAACCAUCAAUGCUAAAGACCAUAACAAGAAGCACGUUUCUCUGAUACUGGGUUACGAAAAAUGAUGAUUUAAAAGAACUGCAUUUCUGUUGGUCCUAUUGCUACUACACUCCCGCGCCUUUUUUGUUUCAUGGAUCAAUAAAUCUCGAUUAAAAACAGGGCUAUAUGGUUAUA